AUGAACUGCACUAAAUUAUUCGUAUCCAGACGAACGGUUUUACCUGAAGGCGUCAAACCGGCGGUUCUUGUUGUGUCUAACGGAAUAAUUGAAAAUAUAAUUACUCUUAAUAAUGACAGUGAAAUCAACUCAGCAAUAGAAAGAUAUGCAGGGGCUGAAUGUGAAGAUUUUGGCAAUUUAGUUUUAAUGCCUGGUAUAGUUGAUUCUCACGUACAUAUCAAUGAACCAGGUCGUACUCAGUGGGAAGGUUUUUGGACGGCAACACGAGCUGCAGCUGCCGGAGGAGUAACUACACUUAUAGAUAUGCCUCUGAAUUCUACGCCACCGACGACAACCGUACAAAAUCUAAAAUUGAAAGUUGCUGCCGCGCAAAAUAAAACAUUUGUGGACGUCGGCUUUUGGGGUGGCGUUGUGCCCGGAAAUCGACACGAAUUAAAACCACUUGUAGAGGCCGGAGUCGUCGGGUUUAAAUGUUUUCUAAUUCCUUCCGGCAUCCCCGACUUUGGAUACGUUCAGAAAGAAGAUGUGGAGCAAGCUUUGGCUGAAUUGCAGCACUUGAAUACUACUUUGGCUUUUCACGCAGAAUGCGAGGAAGAGAAAGUCGAAAUAUCUCCACAAGAUGAUCUUGCUAGUUAUGGCGUUUAUCUAAAAACCUGUCCCGAAAUAAUGGAAGUUAAAGCGAUAGCAAACGUCAAAAACUGGUGUGAAUCUUAUAAGUGUCGAUGUCACAUAGUUCACUUAUCAUCGGCUAUGGCAUUAAGCUUAAUUAGAGAAGCAAAACAAAAGCAACUGCCUUUGACCGCAGAAACUUGCUUCCAUUAUCUUUCUAUAUCAGCCGAAGAAAUCCCCCCUGGUGCUACGCAGUUCAAAUGUUGUCCACCUAUUAGGAACGAAGCUAACAGGGAAGAGCUAUGGGCGGCUCUGAAAGACCAUACCCUCGACAUGGUCGUAUCUGAUCAUUCACCCUGUACGGAAGAUCUCAAGACUAAGGGGAAUUACUUGACGGCUUGGGGAGGAAUUUCUUCGCUUCAAUUCGGCUUAGCACUGCUAUGGACUGAAGCUCGAAAACGAGAUUUUGGCUUGCAAGAUAUCGUUCGAGUCCUCUGUUCCGGGCCUGCUAAGCUUAGCGGCUUUGACAGUCGAAAAGGCUCUCUGCAAAUUGGAAUGGAUGCGGAUUUCGUUAUGUGGAAUCCCGAUGAGACAAUCGAGGUAUUUGAACACACGACAUUGGCGCAUGAUUUUUCGUGUUAUUAACGCAUGUAAAUCAAAAAUUGCUAAGAACGAUUAUAAUUAUUUGAACUGAUUUUGUAGGUGCAACGUUCAGGAACUCUUCACAAAAAUACUGUGCGUGUUCACGUUGUAAUACAUUAUUUAUCUAAACCCGAUCAAUGUUUCCAUAUCCGUGAAUCGAUACAAGCCGAAAGUAACGCAAAGCAAUUGCAUUUCAGCUCAGUCCUUAUAUAGGAAAAAAACUCUUCGGAAAAGUGUGCGCAACUGUCGUUCGUGGCAGCUUGGUUUACAAAAAAGGGCAGUUCAGCGAUCAGCCACUGGGACAGCUUUUGCUG